UGCUGUGAAGUGUAUUGUGAAAUUACUCAACGCGCGAUUUGUCACUGCCAAAGUACUCGACAAGCUCCGACAAAAAGCUGCCAAUUAUUAGAUCAUACAGUGGGGACUGAAUAAUCAUAAUAGGCCGGAGGCUUCUGUCCAUGUCUGUCUUGGCGUAGAAAUCUAGUACUACACAGGACUUACUGGACGCGUGACGUAUACAGGGCACCGCACAGGAAGGGUCUACUCGUUUAUUCCUCCUCAAAUAGUGAGGGCUUUUAAGUCGCAGGUGUACACAACAGUGGACUACUUUGAUAAGGUGCUGUCGUCGAUGAAGGAUAUAUAGACUCCGCGUGGUAAACACGAUAUUAACAGAUUUGAACGCGUAGAAAGGCUCAAGUUGAAGUUCGCUGUUCGAGUAUACAUUUGAACGGGGAAAUUUGAGGGAAAAUAUUGUUCCAUUGAUUUUUUUCAUUUGGAAAAAGUGACAUAAAAGAGGACUGUUUUACAAAGGGAUUGGCUUUAAUAUUAAUUGCUCACGUAAAGAAAGUGAACACUUAAACACAGAGAACAAAAUGGCUAGUUCCAAAGCGAAGAAAUGUUGGGCUGUCUUCCGUCCUCACUUGCUGGUGAUCUUGCUCAUUGCUGGAAUGGGCAUCGGCAUAGGCAUGGGAGCCGCCCUAAGGAUGAAGCAACCUCCUUUCACCGCCAGAGAAGUUUUCUACCUUAAUUUCCCCGGCGAGAUCCUUCUUCGUAUGCUGAAAAUGCUCAUCCUACCACUUGUGGUAUCCAGCCUCAUCUCCGGAUUGGCAGCUUUACCGGCAAAAGCAGCAGGGAAGAUGGGGCUGAGGGCGGUGGUCUACUACAUGGUCACCACCCUCUUGGCAGUUAUUCUUGGGAUUGUCCUCGUGGUGUCCAUUCAACCCGGGAAUCGUGGGCAGACAAGCAAGGUGGCAGAACAAAGUGUUGAAGUGAAUACGGCUGAUGCUUUCCUUGAUCUUGUAAGAAACAUGCUCCCGGAUAAUCUGGUGGAGUCUUGCUUUAGGCAGACGAAAACAGCGUCUGGCGUCGACAGCCUUACGUGGUCAGAAGUGACCAUCAACAUGACUACUGACCAGUCACAGUACACCUCACUGACCACUGCCAUGGAUAAGAUGGACAAGGAAUCCGCAGAGCUCGGUAUGAACAUCACCGGUGUCAUGAACAGGACUGAUCCAGCUGACGUCAACAAUACAAUAUUUUACGUCAGGGUGCCGACAGUGAAACCAAAACUGGUGAAAAACGACGGCAUGAACGUAUUGGGGUUGGUGGUGUUUUCCGUGGCUUUUGGCAUCGUUAUUAGCCGCUUGGGGCCACAGGGGAGGAUACUGAUGGAAUUUUUCAAUUCCGUGAAUGAUGCUGUCAUGAUGUUGAUUACCGUUGUUAUAUGGUACUCUCCCAUUGGUAUUAUGUUCUUGAUCGCCUCAAAGGUGGUAGAAAUGGAGGACAUUGGCCAGGUUUUGGAACAAGUGGGGUUCUACACGAUAACGGUUCUGUCCGGUUUAGCCAUUCACGCCAUUGUGGUUCUGCCGCUGAUAUACUUUAUAAUGACCAGGAAAAAUCCUUUCAAGUUUAUCUAUGGCGUGAUGCAGGCAAUGGUAACUGCUCUUGGAACGUCAUCAAGCUCAGCUACAAUGCCCGUCACCAUGACUUGUCUGGAAGAAAACAACAAGGUCAACCCGCAUGCAGUUGGUUUCGUCAUCCCCGUAGGUGCAACAAUUAACAUGGACGGUACUGCUCUGUACGAAGCCGUAGCUGCUAUAUUUAUCGCUCAAGUCAAUAACAUUCCGCUUAACAUCGGACAGAUUAUUACAAUAAGCAUCACAGCCACAGCAGCUUCCAUUGGGGCAGCAGGAGUGCCGCAAGCCGGUCUGGUUACCAUGGCAAUCGUGCUUACUGCAGUGGGGCUACCGCUAGGAGACAUUCAGUUGAUUGUUGCCAUAGACUGGUUCCUAGAUCGCUUCCGAACUAUGGUGAACGUCAUGGGAGACAGCAUUGGUGCUGGCAUCGUUGCUCACCUCUCGCGCAAGGAACUGGAAGAAGUCGCUCUGGAAGAGCAACAAAACGCUGAUCGGGUGGCCGUUGAGAUGAAACCAGCCAUUGAUAUGGAAACAAGCAAACCUACCCAAAACGGUGUCACCAAUAUGGCCUAUGUACCUGCUGAUCCGACAGAAAAUGGUCGAGUGGCAUCAACUAAUAUGUAACUGAUUGGAUAUGUUUACAAAACUGAACAUCAGGAUCUAUUGAUCCGAAAGCAAUUAAAUUAGGCACAAUGUUAGUGCGUGUCAUAUUAAGUCUGUCCUCGUACCUGUAUCAAAGGCUGUAAGCCAACGGAGCAUAUUCAGUCAAACCACCGUUAUUUUGUGAACUUAAUGUAUUAUCUCUUGCAAAAGUAUUAAUUUGUAAUCGUUCCUGUCACUUCUAUUAGACCUUGGUAUCUUUCACUGCAAUAUAAUAAUCACUUCACCAAGUAAAACAUCCUUCUGUAGCCCCCAGUCCAGUUAACCAUAUACAUGUAAUGUGGCCAUAAAGACCAAGAAGUGUUACACCCCAUUUCCAUAGAUUUUUAGAUCGAUCUAUCCCUGUGGGGAGUCUCACUAGAUUACUGUCAGCUUGG